CAUGACCUCCAACAUGAGUGUGUCUGGGAAACAGGACUUAAAGAAAGACGAGAGAAUGAUGGAGGGAAAGAGAUCAGACUUGCCAGAACCCAGCUGUGUGUCCAUGAAGAGUGACUGGUCAAUGGAACAGCCAAUACGCUUCAGAGAUGGAGACAGUUCUACUGAUGUGAGACCACAAAAAUCAAACAUCAGCACAAAACAGCUGGACUCUAUAUUCAAGGAGCUGGAACACAAAGUCAUCACUCUGAUAAAGAAUGAGCUGAAGCGGUUUAGGAAGCUCCUGAGUCCAGAUUACCCAGCAUGCACUGAGAGGGAGGUGGAGGAUGAGGAGGAUCUGCACAGUGUCAGAGACGGAGCGCUGAAGAUCACACUGCAUGUCCUGAAGAACAUGAACCACACAGAUCUCGCUAACACACUGCACAACAAACUCGCCUUUGUGUAUCAGACAAAGUUGAAGUCCAAUCUGAGAGAGAAGUUUAAAAUAAUUAAUGAAGGAAUCUCACAGCAUGGAAGCUCAGCACUUCUGAAUGAGAUCUACACUGAGCUCUACAUCACAGAGGGUUGGAGUGGAGACAUCAAUAAUGAACAUGAGGUGAGACAGAUUGAGACAGCAUCCAGGAGACCAGCAACACAGGAGAAACCCAUCAAAUGUAAUGAGAUCUUUAAAGGCAAGUCCAUCAGAACUGUGCUGACUAAAGGAGUUGCUGGAAUUGGAAAAACAGUCUCUGUGCAGAAGUUCAUUCUGGACUGGGCUGAAGGAGAAGUAAAUCAGGACGUCACCUUCAUGUUCCCACUUCCCUUUAGAGAGCUGAAUCUGAUGAAGCAGCAAAAUCUCAGUCUGAUGAAUCUUCUUCAUCACUUUUUCCCAGAAAUAAGAAAACUAGAAACAAUAGACUGUGACUCCUACAAAGUGGUGUUGAUCUUUGAUGGUCUGGAUGAGUGUCGACUUCCUCUAAAUUUCCAGAAGAAUGAGAUAUUGUGUGAUGUGACAGAGUCAGCCUCAGUGGAUGUGCUGCUGACGAACCUCAUCAAGGGGAAUCUGCUUCCCUCUGCUCUCCUCUGGAUAACCACAAGACCAGGAGCAGCCAAUCAGAUCCCUCCUGAGUGUGUAGACCAGGUAACAGAGGUACGAGGCUUCAGUGAUCCUCAGAAAGUGGAGUACUUCAGGAAGAGGAUCAGUGAUCAGAGCCUGGUUAAUAAAAUCAUCACUCACCUGAAGUCUUCAAGAAGCCUCUACAUCAUGUGCCACAUCCCAGUCUUCUGCUGGAUCUCAGCCACUGUUCUAGAGAGAAUGUUGGGUGGAGCAGAGGGUGGAGAGAUCCCCAAGACUCUGACUCAAAUGUACACACACUUCCUGAUCUUUCAGAUCAAACACAAGGACCAAAAGUACCAUCAGAAAUGUGACCCUGAUCCUCAGCAGACCAGAGAGAGUAUCAUGGCACUGGGAAAACUGGCUUUCCUCCAGCUGGAGAAAGGAAACCUGAUCUUCUAUGAGGAAGACCUGAGAGAGUGUGGCAUUGAUGUCAGAGAAGUGUCAGUGUACUCAGGAGUGUGUACCCAGAUCUUCAGAGAGGAGUUUGGGCUUCACCUGGGGAAGGUGUUCAGCUUUGUACAUCUGAGUGUUCAGGAGUUUCUGGCUGCUUUUUAUGUAUUUUUCUGCUUUAUUUACCGAAAUACAAAUGUGCUUGUGGGACAAAGCACUGGUCAUUUUAAUUUCUUCAGAAACCCAAACAUGUCUGAUCUCCUCAGGAGUGCAGUGGACAAGGCCUUACAGAGUGAGAAUGGACACCUUGACCUGUUCCUCCGCUUCCUUCUGGGUCUCUCACUGGAGACCAAUCAGACUCUUUUACGAGACUUAAUGCCACAGACAGGAAGCAGAUCUCACAGCAAACAGGAAACAGUAGAGUACAUCAAGGAGAAGAUCAGGGAGAAUCCAUCUCCAGAGAAAUCCAUCAAUCUGUUUCACUGUCUGAAUGAACUGAAUGAUCAUUCUCUAGUGCAGGAAGUACAAACUUACCUGAACAGAGGAGGUGACAGUCGUCUCAGAGGAACCAGACUCUCUCCUGCUCAGUGGUCAGCUCUGGUGUUUGUGUUACUGACCUCAGAACAGGAGCUGGAUGUGUUUAAUUUGAGUAAAUAUGAUCCAUCAGAUGAAUGUCUUCUGAGGCUGCUGCCAGUCAUCAAAGCCUCCAGAAAAGCUGUGCUGGGUCUCUGUAAUCUGACAGAGGAAAGCUGUAGAGUUCUGUCCUCAGUUCUCAGCUCAAACUCCUCCAGUCUGAGAGAACUGGACCUGAGUCACAAUAAACUGCAGGAUUCAGGAGUGAAGCUGCUCUCUGAUGGACUGAAGAAUCCACACUGUACACUGGAGAUACUGAGGAUGUGGGACUGCAGUAUUACAGAUGAAGGUUGUGCUGCUCUGGCUUUAGCUCUGAGGUCAAACUCCUCAUCACACCUGAGGGAACUGAAUCUGUACUGUAAUAAACCAGGAGAAUCAGGAGUGAAGCUGCUCUCUGAUCUACUGAAGGAUCCACACUGUAAACUGGAGACACUGAGUCUGUGUGACUGUAAUCUGACAGAGGAAAGCUGUAGAGUUCUGUCCUCAGUUCUCAGCUCAAACUCCUCCAGUCUGAGGGAACUGAACCUGAGUGACAAUAAACUGCUGCAGGAUUCAGGAGUGAAGCUGCUCUAUGAUGGACUGAAGGAUCCACACUGUACACUGGAGAUACUGAGGAUGUUUAACUGCAGUAUUACAGAUGAAGGUUGUGCUGCUCUGGCUUCAGCUCUGAGGUCAAACUCAUCAUCACACUUGAGAGAACUGAAUCUGAACAAUAAUAAACCAGGAGAAUCAGGAGUGAAGCUGCUCUCUGAUCUACUGAAGGAUCCACACUGUAAACUGGAGACACUAAGUCUGUGUUGGUGUAAUCUGACAGAGGAAAGCUGUAGAGUUCUGUCCUCAGUUCUCAGCUCAAACUCCUCCAGUCUGAGAGAACUGGACCUGAGUGACAAUAAACUGCAGGAUUCAGGAGUGAAGCUGCUCUCUGAUGGACUGAAGGAUCCACACUGUACACUGGAGAAACUGAGAGCAAGGACUCUGUCCUAUAUCGAUGUAAUCUACAUGGAACUCUCAACAGCCUGAAUUAAUGGUGUUAAUGAGGUUCACAUUAAUCUCUAGUGUAAGGGAAUCAAUGUAUGAGAAAAUCUCCUAUAAAAACUUUAACACUUGUGCUUCCCUCGCUCUCUCUUUAUAUUCUAAACAGUAAACUCAUUGGACCAUCAGUCUAUCCAUUAUACCAACCUUAAUUGAUCAAAUGAUUAUUUUACUAAAACAAAUGUCUGAUUAAACUGAUGUAACUGAUUAAAACCUAUACACAUUGUUCAUUGUGAGAUGUUAACAUGCCACUGUACUGUAGACAAGAGAUCAUCUGAAAACAUUUUUACAUGUGAAACUCUGUCACAACUGUCACGACAUGAUGUCCAGUGUGGACAACCUUGUUGUUGUUAAUGAGAAUUAUUACAAUAAUAUUUAUGGAACACAACACAAGGCGGGGGUGUGUGUAAAAACUUUACUUUGCAAUAAAGUCUUGAGAGUUUUGUUUUUGAUUGCAUAACAUGCUCGUUUUGGGUUUUUCAUUUGUUACUUUCAACUUGGCAAUUUCUCUUAGAGAAUUGUUGGCUGAUUGACCACAAUAAAGAAGUUUGCUCAUUCUCAUCCAGGUCUGAGGAGUUUUUUCAGUGUUUUGUUUGUAGUAAUUAUAAAGUUAUCAGUUAAGUCUAAUUAAAACAGUCUUCAGAGGCGGGCUCUAAGUUCCGACACGACAGGCUGUUUUAUUGUAUUAUCUGAUUUAUUAUGGCAAACUCACAAUGGAUUCAGAUCAUCAAUAAUGUUACAAAAUGAAUAAGUUCUACAAAUGUUUCAGAUGAUGGUCUCAGUAUCGGUGGGUUGUAAUAGUCAGUUCUGUUGUGUUCUGUCCUCUGAUUUGUGUGUGUGUGACACAAACACACUGACAUUUCUGUUACAUCUUCAACUUUAGCUGGAUUAUGGCUGUGUUUGUGUGUUUGAGAUCAAUGUUCUGAUAUUUCAUCAUUUCUCUUCCA